AUGCAGUCCAUCUGCAACGCCCCGUUGUGGCCGGUCCUGAAAGCAGAUGGAGUGACCUGGAGAAUGACGGUCGACUUCUGCGCCCUAAACGCCACCACCCCUCCAGUUGCCCCGUUCGUGGCUAAAUACAACGAGAUCUUGACGGCCAUUGCUGCUGGAUCCCGGUUCUACUCGAUGUGGGAGCGCCUCCAACCUUCCUCGAGGCCCCACGUCCUGAGCUAUGUGGAUGACAUCCUGGUCCACGCCCCCACGGAGGAAUUAGCCCACCAAGUCACCCGGGAAGUCCUAGAGCUUCUCCGCGAGACGGGAUUCAAGGCCAGCAGGGAAAAGGCCCAAUUGAACCAAGGAUGGAGAGCUAGCGACGGGAAACCCGUAGCCCACCUCCAGCUAUGGCAGCACGCGGCCGUGCUCUUCCAGUCCCGCACGGGUCCCACACAAGUGACCCACGUUAAGGGGCACCAAAAGUCCAACUCGGAGACCGCAUAUUGGAAUGACCAGGCAGACCUGGCCGCUAAAGCCGCCGCCGCUGAGAGCGCCCUUUUGCCAGAACCAGCCCCAGGCUUCCCCCUCCAUCCUGUUACUACCCGGGCACGGGCCCGUGAUCAGGCUAGGGAGCCAGCAUGCACACUGGACCUGGCCCAGCUGCAAGCAUCCGACCCCGAAGUAGCUAGCCUUCUAGCCGCAGGAGGAGACCAGACAGGAAGGCUAGCCAUUAAGGAAGAAGAAGAAGGUGUAGUAUGGGCAGUAGGUGCGGAUGGCGAACGCCACUGGGUGGCCUUUGUGGAGCACAUCCGGCUGAUUGACGAGGAUGCCCUCAAGCUGCAGACCAAAGAGAACGAUGACCUCUUUGUGUGGCUGAGGUUCCAGGCUCGGAGAGGCAUGGCCGAGGCUCAGCAAGCGGUGAGCAGGAUGUUGUUCUGGGGGCAGCAAGGAAUCUCCAGCAACCUGAAGGAAGCGGUGAAGUUCUACGAGAAAGGAGCCGCUCGGCUCAAAGACCCCACCCUGAUGUACGACUAUGGAGUGGUGCUUCUGAAAGGCCAAGGAGUGAAGCAGGAUAUCCCCAAAGCUCUGGACUUGCUCAAUCAGGCGGCGGCGCAGGGUUUCCUCCCAGCUCUCACAGCCUUGGGAUGGUAUUAUCAGGUCUUUGAGAAUGACUACAGGAGGGCCGUGGAGUUCUGGGAGAAGGCCGACGAGAUGGGGGACCCCGUGGCCCCCUCCAACCUCGGGGCCUUCUAUGCCUACGGCCAGUACCCGGGGAAAGACAGAGAUGAGGUAGCAGCCUACCACUAUUUUCUGAAGUCAGCCAGCCGCGGUCACACAGACGGGGCUGUGCAGCUUGCCGCCUACUUCAGCCGUGGCAUCCCGGGAGCCGUUUCCAGGGUGCCCCUCAAUGCUGUCUUGUGGACCAAGUGGGUGUCAGAACAGAACGGCUUCCUGGGCUCUGUGCUCCGCAAGUCCCUGGAUGCUUAUCUACAGAAGUCGUGGCCGGCGUCCCUCCUCUAUUACCUUCUGGCUGCUGAAGCAGGCUUUGAAGUAGCCCAGUUCAACCUGGGAUUUCUCUGCGAUCAAGAUCCUGACGGCUUGGUCAGCCGCUACAUGCAAGUCAGCUGCCCCUGGAGAUACUACAACCUCUCCACCUUCAGCGAGCAGCCAGCUGCCUAUGCUCUGCUGCGCAUGGGAGACUUGUUCUACGGCAGGCACCCCAGAAAGGAAAGACGGGACGUGCAGGCAGCUGUCCAGAUGUACACAGCUGCUGCUUUGCAACAGGAGCCACAGGGUCUUUACAACCUGGGCUUACUCGUCGAAGAAGGGGUUUCCAUCCCCAAGGCAGCCCUUCAGAAGCUGGGACUGAGCAGUUCUGCACCCGCGGAUCCCUACACCCUCCUUGUAGAGCUGUACGGAAGAUGCAGAGACCACCAAGAAGAGCAUUCCUUUGUCCCCUGCAGCCUGGCCCUCUUCAGCGUCCACCUCAAAUACAUCUGGAUGUUCCAUGGAUCCAUUGUGAAGUUCUCAGGGGUGGCCGUUGUGGCUGUCAUGACUGGCCUCGGCCUGCUUACGGUGUUGCGUCGCCUGCAGAGCAGAAACCCAGUCCUGCCAGACUCUGUGUGACUCCAGCCCAGAAGCUGCCCCCGAUGGAUGGCCAUCCCUGGUUUUUGCAGGAUGUAGGCAACUCUGCUGGAGGGCUCUGGUUCCCCUCCAAGGAGCAUCAUGCAUUCCCCUGUGUCCGUCUGUGCUGCGUUGAGCUGAGCUGAGGAAGACCAGCUCUAGAGGAUCUGUUUUCCUGCCUCCUUUCUGAGGACACACAACUAUGGUGGGGCUGUUGCGUUUUGAAAAGAUGUACUCCACAACAUUUUGAUCUUUGGGAAGUCGCAAGAGGUGGCUUUGGCUUAUGGCUGACCCAAUGGCCACACUUGGGCCUGGCUUUUUCUUUCUGUCUGAAAAGCGGCACCUGGGCAGUGAUUCUGAACAGAGCGGCUGCAUCUGGGACGAGAGGGCCCAGUGCCCCACAGGUGUCAAAUGGAUUUUCUGGGGAUUCAGUGGAAAGACUUCCAGGUGGGGUGGAAGGGAGGGGGCUGCGUUUUAGAAAGACUGCUUGGGCAGAACCAGGCUUUGGGCUAAUUCCGAGAUCCUCAGAACAGUAUUUUCUGUCUUUCAGCUUUCUUCUUCUCAAAGAGCGCGUUCCUAGCUCUGAUGGCUCUUCACUACUCAGCAAGAUUAAAAAACACACAGAGAGAAAAAGAGUGAAUACUCUUUAUUAUAACCAACCAGUGAGGUUUUGGCUACACAGGUCUGUUCCUUCUACUGAGUGGCUUUUUAAUCAAAAGGCAGGAAAUGACUGCUUCCGGUCAACAGUGGUGGAUCUCAGGUUCUGAAUGAAGACAGUGACUAAUUUCUCUUGCUGCAAGAAGUAAUUGCUUAUCUUUCUAUAUAAAAGGCAAACCGUGUUUGAGACGACUCACCUCUUAUCCUGGUGGGCCUCCAGAGGGAGCUGCUGCGGCAGGAAGUCCAGGCCGGGAUCAGGAGCGGAGCAGGAGGCAAUGCCCACCCAUGCCCCCCUGCUUUCUCCCAGCCGGGAUCAGGAGCACCAACAAGAGCAGGGAAACCCCGGGUAGUCAGAA